CUAGGCAGGAGGCUUCUGGCUUAGCAUAUGUGCUGAGGAAAUCCGAAGCUGGCCCGUGUGCUGUUCCAUGGGGUCUGGGGAUCUGCUGUGUCUAGAGCGCUCCGCAGCCCCCACACGGAGAUCGGAGAUCGAGGGGCUUCUGUUCCCAGAUGGGAGGAGUGGCCAUGACUUCAGUGACCUAUGAUGAUGUGCAUAUCGACUUCACUUGGGAGGAGUGGACUCUGUUGGAUCACUCCCAGAAGAAUCUCUACAAAGAUGUGAUGCAAGAGAUAUACAGGAACCUCACUGCUAUAGGCUACAGUUGGGAAGACCAUAAUAUUGAAGAACAUUGUCAAUGUUCUGGAAGACAUGGAAGGUAA